GCUUGCUCACCGUGACAAGAACCUCUACCGUUAAGUACUUUCAUUCGUUUUAUUUUCUAGAUGGACCCGCCAGUGGGUGCGCUCGUCGAGGUUUCAGCGGGACGUGGAAUUGUGCGUUUUGCUGGCGCCACGUCUUUCUCGGCGGGCAAAUGGAUUGGUAUUGAGCUUGCCGAACCCAAGGGCAAGAACGACGGAAGCCUCCAAGGCCUCACCUAUUUCUCAUGCAAGCCAAACCAUGGCGUAUUCGUUCGUCCCAGCCAGGUCAAGGUAAUAAAUGCAGAGCCUGAACCGCAGCCUCCUAGAACCGUCGCUCGGACAGUCAUGAGUCACCAACGCACCCCUAGUACCGGUGUUUCACGUGCGGCUUCACUGCGUUCAAAUGGCGCAUCAGGGUCUUCUUCCCGCUCCUCCAGUCCUGUGAAGGCCACGCCUUCCACUUCCGCCUCUGCCAUAGCCAGCGCACGCACUUCUCGCCUUGCAGCCCCUUCUUCUCCUGCGAAGCGCAUCCCAUCCCUUACUCUCCAACCUCGCAAAUCCUUCUCCCGUCAACUACCCGCGGAAUCUUCGGCACCUCUGAGCCCCGCCUUGCAGACCCCUAGGAUUGGGCCAUCCUCCUCACAAGAGGCUCUCGUCCAGGUGCAAAGGACGUCCUCCCCGUUAGCCCUGCCACCACAGAAUGCAGUUGUGGAGCCUCCACCACCGCCCUCACCUGUCGCACAUACAUUUCUGCAACCCCCCGCCCCAAUCGACUCCAGUCCAUCUCUAAAUGGUACGAAACUUGCACCGUCACCUUCCAUCUCCCGUGUUCCCUCACAUGAGCCUACAUCACCCAUAACCCGUACUGAAGAUUCUGCCAUGCACGCGAAAAUACGCGUCCUUGAGGCGAAACGCGCAGACGAUGCUCGACACAUCCGAGAGCUUGAAACUCGCCUCGCAGAUGCAGAGUCUUUCGUUGCCCUGCGCCCUAAACUUCAAGCCAAACUACAAUCCCUUCAGUCCGAACUUAUUGCAACGAAGCGCGCAUUGGCGGACGCAGAGCAACUUGCGAAUUUGGGCGAGACGAGGGGUGCAGAUUCACAAGAGCAACUGGAAAUGGCAAUGUUGGAUAAGGAGGUUGCAGAGGAGAAGGCUGAAUUGGCAGAACAGGAGCUGGAGGAGGUGAAGGAAAGGCUUGCGCAUGUUGAAGUAGAGCUGGGGGUAAUGAAGGAGGGUGGUGCAUCUGGUGGAGAUGGUGAUUCAAACGCUAAGACAUCACUCGCAUAUAUCCAGCUCGAGAAGCAGAACGAGCGUUUGAAGGAAGCACUCAUACGCCUUCGCGAUAUGUCGCAGGAGACGGAACAAGAACAGCGCCGCCGCAUAGCGGAGAUGGAGAAAGAUAUCACAAGCAUUGAUGAUCUUCAAGGCCAGUAUGAACAAACACUCAUUAAACUUUCUAACGCGGAAACCCAAAUAUCGUCGCUACAACAGCAGCUCGACGACGCACUAGGAGCUGAAGACUUGCUCGUGCAACUGACAGAACGGAAUUUAUCGCUUUCAGAGAAAAUCGAAGAACAGCGUAUCACAAUCGAAGACCUCGAGGCCCUCAAAGAACUCACAGACGAACUCGAAGAGAACCAUAUUCAAGUCGAGCGUGAGCUCCGAGACGAGAUUUUAGAGCGCGAGAAGGACCUAAGAGAGGAGAAGGUUAGAGUAGGACUACUUGAAGACAUAGUGUCAGACGCAGAUGGGACAAUCGCGAGGUUUAGGGAAGUCGUUGCAGAUAUGCAGGGGGAACUCGACUCCUUGCGCUCAGCGACACAAACAGCGCAGCACGAGUCUGCUACGGCUGCGCACCAGACGGCAACGAUGAUGUCACUGAAUUUAAAACUCCAAUCCUCAGCGGCGAAGAACCAGGCAAGGGCAGUAGAGCUGGAGAUCAAGAAGCUGGAGGCGAGGGAGAGGGGGGAAUUGUUGGGAAUUGUCCAGCCUUACUUGCCUCAACAAUACGUCGAGUCCGACAGCGACGCCACAAAUUGUUAUCUCUUCUUUGCGCGUUUGGGGUACAAAACCGAUCUCAUCAACACUAUUGUGGGACUGGCUCAUGGCCUACCCGAUUCACUCAAUGGUGUUGUGUCAGAAACACUUGUCGGAAUAUGCGAAAUGCGCGGCCGUGCCGCGUCCUUUUCUACGCUCUGCAAACGCUUCGCUACUAUUCUCAAGCGGUGCGACCCCACGUCAUUCCUCAAUAUCGGGCGCAUAUACCCUGAAAUUGCUCCAAUGGAGAAGCGCAUCGAUCUGCACAUCGAUCUUCUCCGACGGGAUGAGUUUAGGGAGAUGGAAUUCGUCACUGACGUACUCAAGAUGCUAGCCCAAUUCGACCACCUGGCAGAGACUUAUUUCGAUGGCUUUGAACAGGAUUUGGGCGAACGCGAGCUUGGAUAUGCACUUUCGUAUGACCACGAUCUCGAUGUCUUUGCCGCGUCUAUUGGGCUCACAAAGACGUCUGUUGCUGUGAUUCUUAAUGACGAGGAUGUCGUCCUCGAUAUGGGCGGCUAUGAUCCCGAGGAAGAGCUGAUUGAACCUUUGCAGAAGCUUUUAGAGCAGUGCAAGAGUGCCAAAGUGCUGUCCAAGAAACUUACGAAGCGCCUCGACGACGUCAUCCAGGAGUCUUCGGCACUCAAGUCCCAUCUCCUUCCACAGCUCAAGACUCUCAGCAAUGCAGUUCCCGAAUUAGUCAACUUUGGUAUCUCUCUCGCCCAACAAGUAAUCCCACACCUUAGUGAUGCCCGCAGCGCAAAGGCUCCAUUCCAGCUUGCAACAGUAUUGUCGUAUGCCAAGCAAACCGCACUAUCUACUGUCGCUAAGGACAUGAAACAUGGAACCUCAUGCUUCGAAGCAGUUGGUGAAGCUAUUGCUCAGCUAUCGGCGGAGUGCAAUAAGUUACUUCCUUUGGCAAUGGAACCAGAGAGCGUAUUCAAGAUCUCCGGCACGCCACCAUGGGUCGUACGAAUUGAGGAAAUUAGAGCCAGCAUGGCUAUCAAUGCCGAAGCCGAACGCAAAGCUGCACAGCUGCAGGAAGAAAUCCAAGGACUUGUGCGGAGCCUCAAGACGAAGGAUCAAACGAUACAGGAGUCUGGAGUGAAGAUAGAGCACAUGGAGCGACGCAUGGAAGCGGCUAAGAAGCAAGCGGAUGCCAUUGAAGAUCUUAAAAUUGCGCUCUCGACAGCGCGCAAGCAGGAGCGCGCGUACGAGGAGGCAAUGGAGCAGCUGCAGGCAGACCUGGAUACGUUCGAGCAAGACAAUGCGAAACUGAAGGUGUUGGCUGCGGGUUCGGAGAGACAAGCUGCUGGCGCACAACCUGUUGACUCAGAGAAUAUACCCAUGGAGGGUAAUGUGGAGACAUCACACCUUCUAGAGCAGAUCGAGGCUCUUCGUGGCACAGUCCGUUUCUUGCGGACAGAAAACUCGUAUCUCAAAGGGCAAGACCUACUCAAAGAAAUACAAGCGCUGCCACCCCUCCCAGACCCUGUCAGUCGUGUACGCACACCCCCACUGGACCCCUCAGGCCAAUCCGACACAGACGAAUCCGACACCGAACUCCCACCCGCUCCUCCAACCAUUCGCUCGCUCGCCACAGAAACCAAGGUUCUCUACCGGGACGUCAUCAAAUUCUCUUCAUCACCUCGUGUUGUCGAUCUAUCCGCUCUUCAUGCAAAGAGAGCAGAAAGCGAUUGCAAAGGUGGGAAGAUAUGGAUGCGGAGGAAGGCUACUCCCGCUCAGCAAGUCCUUGAUCGGAAGAUGGAGGCCGAGAGACUUAGCAGGCGCGUUAGGGGCUUGUUGGAUCGUGCGAAUGCGCUAUGAGUGGUUUCAUUAAUUUUUCGCUCGCUUCAUUUUUUAUGUUACUCUACAGCUUGAUAUUAUUGUAUACCCUGCAAGACUCUGUUAUGCACUAUGGGGGAGGUAGAUUCAGCACAUUAUGUAUAUGCCUUAACAAUCAAUAUGAGCAUCGUACGUAUUGCUAGGACCGA